UUCAUAAAUAAUCAAAAGUUUUCGACAAGAAAAAAGGAAGAAACCCAAAAUCCGAAGCAUUUUUGUUUAAUUCUCUUCGUAGUUGUCGACUCGUAGUCCAAAUCCAUCUUCCCGAGAUAGAAAGUAGUCGACAGAUCGUAUUUCGACUCUGGAGUUACUUGAAAACCACUUUCGUCUCAUGUCUCCUCACUGAUUCCUUUCUGUGAGUCGCAUUCUUCGAAUCUCACUUCAUUACCCAUUACCCAUUUUCUCUCCUUUUUUUUCCUUCAUUCCAACGCCACCCAUCUCUCUUUAACUUCCCACUUCUCAGAAAUCAGUUCGCUUCCAAGGUUUUGAGCAUCGGAUGUUGGUUAGCAUGCUUGGGAAUUUCGUAAGAAUGAGAUGCAGAUCAACUGUUUGAUUUAUUGGGAGAGAAGCUGUUCUGAACGAUAUAAUCAUUUUUUAACUUUUGUGAUGAUUUUGGAGAAGAAAUGAACAGUACUUUGUCUGUUCCAGAAAAUUGUUUGGUCUACUGCACUGAGUUUAUGGCUUAUUAUGAACUUCUUCUUGCAGGGUUGUAAUGGAUUAAGCUAUUGGAUUAUUGGCAGUUGGGAAGCAAAAAGGAGGAGAUGAAAGGGGAGUCAUCCGGACUGAUUAUUGGGAUUUCUAUAGGGGUUGUGAUCGGCAUUCUUUUGGCGGUUUUGGCUCUCUUCUGCUUUAGGUACCAACGGAAACGUUCACAGAUAGGAAAUAGCAGUUCCCGGAGGGCAACGACAGUUCCUAUUCGGAUGAAUGGCGCUGAUUCUUGCACUAUACUAUCAGACUCAACCUUAGCUCCUGAGUCACCUGUUAAAUCUGGCCACAAUGGGAUGUCCCACUGGCUUGAUGGAUUCAGGAAGAGUAAUGUUGUUGCAGCUUCUGGGAUACUUGAGUAUUCUUACAGGGAUCUGCAAAAGGCGACCUCCAAUUUCACGACUGUGAUAGGACAAGGAGCAUUUGGUCCUGUUUAUAGAGCUCAAAUGGGUAGUGGUGAGACGGUUGCAGUUAAAGUGCUAGCAACUGAUUCCAAGCAAGGGGAGAAAGAGUUCCAAACAGAGGUUAUGCUACUCGGAAGGUUGCAUCACCGGAACCUUGUAAAUUUGGUCGGGUACUGUGCUGAGAAAGGCCAGCAUAUACUUAUUUACGUAUAUAUGAGCAAAGGAAGCUUGGCUUCUCACUUAUACAGUGGGAAGAAUGAACCAUUGAGCUGGGAUUUACGGGUUCGCGUGGCUUUAGAUGUUGCACGGGGCCUGGAAUAUCUCCAUGAUGGUGCAGUCCCACCCGUAAUACAUCGCGACAUCAAGUCUUCAAACAUUUUGUUGGAUGAUUCCAUGAGGGCUAGGGUUGCUGAUUUCGGGCUUUCCAGAGAAGAGAUGGUUGAUAGACAUGUAUCCAAUAUUCGUGGAACUUUUGGUUACCUGGAUCCUGAAUAUAUAUCUUCUAGAAAAUUCACAAAGAAAAGCGACGUUUACAGUUUUGGAGUAUUGCUCUUUGAGCUUAUAGCUUGCAGAAACCCACAACAAGGCCUGAUGGAGUAUGUUGAACUUGCAGCAAUGACUUCAGAUGGGAAAGUUGGGUGGGAAGAAAUUGUGGACGAUCGUGUAGAAGGAAACUUUAAUGUGCAAGAGCUGAACGAAGUUGCAGCUCUUGCAUAUAGAUGUGUUAACCGUAACCCCCGAAAACGGCCUACCAUGAGAGACAUUGUACAAGUGAUCUCAAGGAUCGUCAACUUGAGGCUGGAGCUGAAGCAUCAUAGAAAAUCUAUGUCAGCCAUGACAGAUGAAGUUUCUAUCGACAUCGACCACCCCCAGCACUUGAGAAAGGAUUCAAUGGACAGUGCUUCUGAUACCCAUGAAAUUUAGACCAUAGCUUUUAUUCCCUUUUGGCUUUUCUCUUGAUUGUUCAUCUUGGGUUUCAGAUUCUCUUUGCUUUUGUGUAUGAUAGUUGAUUCUUUCAGUGUUUUUUUUUUUCAAUUUGAAAUUUUGUACAUUACUCAGAAUAUAGAGCUUGUAAAGUUUCUUCAUUGUAAUGACCCACAAUUGUGAAAGAGAACUUUCCUUGAA